GCAACUUUUAAGGCUUAUAUUAUCCUUUUUCGGAGUUUUCCUAGCUUUUAGACCAAGAACUGACUUAAUUUUGAUUAUAAGCGUUCAAGUUAUCGCUGUGCAACAUGAAUGUGUUACCAGACAUUGACAAGAUCGACAACGUCGUAAAGAUGGCAACCAUAAUGAGGUCGUUAAACAUUUCGGCCGUUGGGCUGUAAUCGUUAAACGAAAUGAAACAAAAAUUAAAAGUGACACUCUGGUCGUCAGAGAAAAAGUCAAGUUGGACGGCAAAGGAGGCGUUUUCAGUGUUGACGGAGGCAAAGAAAGAAGACGAGAAAAAACGAGCAACCUUGCUCGAUUUCUACAAACGCUCGGUUCUUUGUUUGAACAAGAUGGAUGAGAAGGUUCAAACCGUUUUGGAAAAGAACAUUGCAAACCUCAAGGACAAAAUCGUUUCCCACCAAAAAGAUCUUCUGCAAAAAGAGUACAUUGUUCUUGUUGCAGGCGAAACAAGGUCAGGAAAGAGCACCUUGUUAAAUCUUAUCCUUGGAGAGCAGCUUCUUCCUUACUCUCUUCUUAGUACCACAUCCGCCAUUUGUGAACUAAAAUAUGGAGAUACACCACAGCUGGUGGCACACUUUAAAGACAAAAAAUCAGGGGAUACCACAAAGACUGUCCUCUUAAAAAAGCCAUCCAAAGCCUUCAAGCAGACUUACCUUCAACAGAUUUCCACAUUUCUCCACCUGAAGACGGACAGCGAAAAGGGUUCAGAUUACGAAAAGGUUGAGCUGUUUUGGCCACACAAUUUAUUGAAGGAAAAUGUCGUAAUAGUCGAUAGUCCAGGAAUUGGGGAAUCUCCCAUCAUGGACGACAUAGUAAAGAAGUACCUCCCAGAGGCUUUUGCAUUUAUUUACGUCAUUAACAGUGAAAACGCCGGUGGAAUACAGCGAGACAGGGUAGAAGAACGUUUCGGACACGCCAGACAGGUAUUCCUUGAAAAACAAAGGGUAUCUUUGUCAAACUGUGCUCUGUUUGUUUGCAACAAGUGGGACCUGUUGCCGUCAGGAGAAACUGAUGAAGUGAAGAACUACAUCUUGAGGAAACUCAAGCAGUGCUGGCCUAGUUUAGAUCCAGAAUCUCAGAUUAUUUAUAUGUCGGCAAAACAUGCUAGUGAAGCCCAGAAGCUUGGAGUGGUCACGGAAGAGUUUGGUGAACUCAUGAAUGGUAUUAAGUCCAUGGUGUUGAAACUUGUUGAGGAAAGACUACAAAUUAAAAGGAGAUGGCUUGACUACGUCCUUGCACUUAUGGUCUACCACACGAAAACGUUCAUGCGCAAUUCUUCCGGAGAAGAGAGAAUGAAGUUGAUCCUUCAUGAUAUUGAAAGGUUGCAAGAUGCCGUAAGCAUGGAGAUGCAUACGUCUUUCAAAAAAGAGACAGACAAUGUUUGUGUCGUUCAUCAGGCCUUUUCAGUGUCAGACGCAAAGAAAGGAGACGAUAAAAAACGAGCGACGUUGCUCAAUUUCUACGAACGUACAGAUGUUUGUUUGAGCAAAUUGGGUGGAAAAGCUCUCGCCCUUUUGGAACAGACAAUCGGAAACUUCAAGGAGAAAAUAGUCGCUCACAAACAAAAUCUAAAAAAAGAAGAAUUCACUGUAAUCGUUGUAGGUACGUUGUUCUCGUUUUACACUGCUGAAAUUGAAACUUCCGCACCCAAUAGCCAUCUCCCUUAA